AGCUCCCCGACCGCGGUCAGUGUUCCGACUUUCUCGCGCGAGAACUUGAGAACUUCGACUCCGCCAGUCGCCCGACCGGACCGGUUUCCGUCGUCAGUCGUCGUCCGAAGGCCCCGCCGUCGAGGUUUUCGACAGUCAAAGUCGACCGGAGAGCUUUGAACUUGAUCUUGUCGACGCUCACGUCGAGUGCUUUUUUUUCCGGCGGAGAUUCGUCGGUUUCCGGUGCGAAAUCAUUGGUUUUCGGUUAAAGUCGACCGGAGAGCUUUGAACUUGAUCUUGUCGACACCCAAGUCGAGUGUCUAUUUUUCCGGCGGCAAUUCGUCGGUUUUCGGUGUGAAAUCAUCGGGAAGUUGUGACGCAACUAAGUUUGCAUUUUCCACGAAGUUUUUUACCCGUCGUCUCAAGUGCGGCGUUUCACCAUUGGAUACGCGAACACCGUCUUUUACACGGUUUUAACCUGACUUUGUGACUUGUCAGCUCUGUGUUGUCAUCGGAGUUCGGAUUUUCGUCGGAACUUUAUACCGUCCAAUUUCAGUGAGAAUAGCACUCUGUGCGUGACAAGACACUUUUUCGGAGAGUGAUCGCUUUUUGACCUUUUUUCCAAAAUUGAAUACUUGACAGAGUUGUGUUUCGAUCCCUCCAGAAUUCCUGCGUCUGACAUAGUGCCAAACGGAAAAUUAAUUUUUUUUCAGCCUUUGAUAUCGACUUUUGAUCCGUAACGAAGCGUCGUUUUAUCUCCUCGUGACUCUGACGUCAUAAAUAUUACUCGUUUUUCGUAAUAAACCUUUUUUCAACCGAACCCUCUAAAUUUUUACGCGUAAAGCUAGUCGUUAAACAGGCUCUGUGUUGAUACUACGUCCUAAAAAGCCAAAUUCUCUUUAAAGCUCUGAUCGUUUCCCUUAACCAUUUUGACACUGAUUGUCGUUUGUUUGGGCUGAUUAUCAUCACUACUGACCUUUUUCAUUCCAUCUCUCCUUGAAGUACCUCCGGAUUUGACCCGCGAUCGCGCUUAUGCUUCGGGAUUCGUUCUGUGCAACCGCGGCUGAUAUUGUUUCACAUCUUCGAAAGUGCGAUCAGUCGAUCAGUCCUGAUCUGGGGAGCGGUCGCCGUGACUUUCUCGCCACACGUCUUCAGUGAUCGCGCUGAUCGUCCCAGCGCCGGGCGUGCUCUUUCCGGGCUGAUUGUGAGUGCGACGUAAACAAUCAGACGCUUAACCUCAAUUCGCUCCGAAUUCCGGAGGAUGGUUUCAGUGUUGUGUCCUGGUGAAACUCGGAGUGCUUAUUCUUCGUGAUUCGAAAGCUCGUUUCGAACCGAUGGUGCGGGAGCUUUAGGUGAUUUUUUCGAGUCGAAUUCAGCUUUGAAAGUUUUUCAAAAUGCCGCCGAAUCCGAAACAGUGUCCGGCGAACAUAAUGCAUCCACCCGUCCCAUUUGUACCCAUUGAGUCCAUCACAAAGCCAGCAUCGUUCAGUGACGAACCAGAAGCUGAGUGUGAAAGAGACAACUGUGACUAUAGUAUAAGAAUCAGUCUGAAAGAUGCCCAGAGUGGUAGAGUUCCUAGAAGAGUGCGAGUUUAUGCUGAUGGCAUUUACGACAUGUUCCAUCAAGGCCAUGCCCGACAGUUAAUGCAAGCAAAGAAUUUGUUCCCUAAUGUUUACCUAAUUGUUGGAGUAUGUAGUGAUGAAUUGACCCACAGUAAAAAAGGGCGAACAGUAAUGCAAGACUCAGAAAGAUACGAGGCCGUGAGGCAUUGUCGCUAUGUUGAUGAGGUUGUACGAAGUGCCCCAUGGCAGCUGGAUGAAGACUUCAUGAAUAAACAUAAGAUUGACUUUGUCGCCCAUGAUGAGCUUCCUUACCCAACCGACGAAGGGACAGACGUUUAUGCUUGGUUAAAAACGAAAGGAAUGUUCGUAGCAACAGAGAGGACGGAAGGAAUAAGCACAUCUGAUAUUGUUGCCAGGAUUGUCAAAGAUUAUGACAUCUAUGUCAGGCGGAAUCUGGCGCGCGGCUACAGUGCAAAGCAGCUCAAUGUAUCAUUCUUAAAUGAAAAGAAGUUUCGGUUUCAGAAUAAGAUGGAAGAACUCAAAGAUAAAAGCAAGAAAGUAAUGGAAAAUUUUGGCGAGAAGCGAGUCUCAGACAUGAUCCAGAAGUGGGAAGAAAAGUCGCGAGAUUUCAUCGAUACCUUUUUACUUUUGUUUGGCCGUGAAGGUCGCUUGUCUCACAUGUGGAGUGAAGGCAAAGGAAAACUAAUGCAAGCUUUUUCACCUCCUGCCAGUCCAAGUCGGGAUAGAGACAGCAGCCCGAGUAGUUCUGCGUCAUCCUCAAAUGACAGUCAAACAAGUCCUCCGCCUAGAAAAACGCCAAAGAUUGACGGACGGAAGAAAAGCCAGUCUCGCUCGAAGUUCAGCAACAACUACGAUGAUAAGUUCUCGGAAGACGAAGAUAACGACGUCUAUGAAGAUUCCUGCGAUCACAUCAAAUAGCAUACGCUCUUGUCUUUACAACGUUGCCAAAUUGUAGACCUGUAAAGUAACAUAGGGUUUCCAUUUGAGAAAAACUUUCGCUAUCGUGUUAAUUUAUUGUAAAAUUAUUUAUUGUCCUGAUAACUGUGUAGUCAAUUGUUAGUUGUGCUCUAACUCACUUCUAUGCUGCGUGUCAUCCCGGCUUUGUAUCAAGAACUGAUACUUGGUUCCAAAGCAUAGAAGUUACAAGUGGGCGAGUGAUGUUACCAAAAGACAGUAAGGCCCGAUUGAACUACUUUUAUCGGUCUCUUAGUCUUGAUUUCGCUAUGGAAAACACUUGUUACCAAUUUUCGUGUAAUCUUAGUUCCAGCUUAGCAAGCAAAGCCGCAAUGAUGCUUGUAAUAUUUUUUGAAAACUUGAAAAGAAAAGAACUCUAGGUUGGUUUUCAUUUUCAAGUUUUUAAAAGCUUCUGACGUUUCAGAUUGCGCAGUGCUUUCAAAAAGAGAACCAUAAAUAAACCUGUAGCGGUUAAUCCUUUUUAAAACUCAUCGAAAAAGUAGCCUAAUUUUGCAAUUUCACACCAGUAAAUGCCGCAAUGAUUGUAUUAAAAGAUUAAUGUAACCAAAUUGGCAGUUUUAAAACCAGAGGUUUACUUACUUACCAACAACCACCUAUUUACAUAUUGGAUCAAUUAUGCUCUGGCAAGAACGGUUUCCAUAGAAAGUUGGUCCUAAAUUGUUUCCAGAAACAUUUGUCAUACUAUUGUCGUUAAACCCAUUAGUAUAAUCACACGUUAUUUUGUAAGUUCUAUGUUAUGGAGCCCAUUAACGCUGAUUGUCGUAACAGUGAACGCUAUUAGGGUAGAAGUGAAAAAUCCUCAAAAAACUAUAACUCAGUCACAAUACGGCAAUAGGUUUCUUUUCUUUACCGGUAAAAACUAAACCUUAAGCUUCAGUGUCAUUCUCAGCUUAAUUUCAGGUGAUCUCGGAUCGGAUAAGAUUGCAAUAAGCGAUUUUGGCUAAACAAACUUUAAAAUUAUGUAACUUGGAGUUUGUACUCUGUAACGUAUUCUUCACAGUAACUUUUGUAAUAGAAUGAUCGCCAUUUCUUUCAGGUCCAUCAUGCUGUGGCCAUAUUAUGAAGAUAUUUCCUAGCAAUAUGUAUCAUUGCAAUGUCAUAGAGAAAAUACUCUCAACUUUUUACUGGAGCUAAACAUUUUUUCAACUGGACUUGAAUAUUAUGUUGUAGAUUUCCCAGCACUCAUUGCCCAUGCUCUUAGAUACUCUGCAUUUUCUGUAACGAAAUAUUGAGUCCGAGAAAAAGCUGCCUCUUGAAUUUUGCUAAAAUACAGCAUUAUAAGCGCAGCAGGGCUCUCUUCGCGCUCUUGCCGUACUUGAUAUUUGUCCAAAAUGGGUUGGUUGUACUGGUCUGAAAUAGUUUGCUCUGUUUUGCACUACAAGUAGACUUUUCUUUCAAGUUGGUAACAUCGGUCAACACUCUUGUUAAUUUGUUGAACUUUGAUGUUUGGGCGUGUUUUACUAUCAGUUUUGUAACUCUUUGGGUACGAACUAUAUUGGCCAGCUCUGCAACCCAUGCAAUUAAUCCAAUGAAAGGCUUAGCUCAUGUGUUUAUCCCCACUUUGCAAGGAAUGAUCAAUAUCUGAAUCUUCUGUUGAGAUAACGAAGAAGUGUGUCUUUUCUUCUCCACCUCGUAACGAAAACCAAAGGAGAGAGAGAAGUUGAAGACUAGUGAAUUCUGUUACACGUCAGGCACUGCGUGAAUAGAAUCGUAGUGAGUUUAUGAUCUCUGAAGGAAAACCUUACUGAAAACAGUUUCCUCUGUGAUAAAGAGUGUAAUUCAUGCCUGCAAGUCAAUGCUGUUUUGUUAAUUUGUGGCUUAUAUUGUUGAGUAACUAAAUUCUAUUUUUUCAAGUAAGUAUUUUAAUUUUAUAGAAUGGAAAGCAUGUUGCUGUGGCAACGGAAAUUUGAGUUGUUGAAUGUCUACGAACAUUCUCCCUUGGUAAGUCCAAAAGUGGGAUUUUAACGUUUGAUUGAUGAUGAUUUUGAAGAUUUAAAA